UUAUAAUGAGCUGGUUGAUUUGGUUCAUGGAUUAUAACACGUAAAGACCUUUACUUUUGUAAUCACUUUGGAAAAAAUUAAUAGAAAAAUAACAUCGGGAACCAAGCCUGUUAAACAUUAAGCAAUGCUCUGCUGCAAUCUACAGUAAAACUUUUUUUUAUUUUUUAUUCCUUUUAAGAAUCAUUUACAUUCAGCAGUAUUUAGUAUUUGAUUUACCAGGGAUUGUGAUUUCAACUGUUUUUGAUUGACUUUAUAAGUUCCAAACUCUUUUUGUUAAGUCCAAACAAUGCUUAAUUUGUCCGUUGAAUCAUGAAUGAUAUUUCAGAGUGCGAUACAUUAAAAAUUCCUUCCACAUCUCAUGUCCUUUGUACAGCCUCAUUUGUAUGAGACUGCAGUCUUUCCUUUGGUGCUACAAGUAAAGCUAAUUAUCAUCAUUCAGAGUGUAGUCAGCAUUUGCAUGGUGCGUUUAAAGGAAUCUGAUGAAACUUCUCUUGCUGCAGCUGCUCCCAUUGCGCCAGCACUAGUGUUUGUUGUGUCCAUGGCAACAGAACUCUAGAAUGUCUCCUGCUUUGAUGGCUAUAGAGAGCCGGUGAUCUAUAUCAUAAGUGAGUAUCUGAUCCUGCUGGAGGUCUGCAGACUGUGAGGAGUUUGAACUAUAACAAUACAGCAUGUAUAAAAUGCAAAACCCUUAUGACAAGUGGAGCCAGCCUGGUUGGAAAAUAGAGCAGAAGUAUGGCAACAAAGUGCUCAUUGGUAAUUGGGUGGAGGAGAAAUUACAAUUCGCUCGAGAGUGUAAGACAGCAAACAGCUCCAACAGGCUGGACUACAUACCGCACAUGUUGCACAGGCCUGAUGUUGUCAUGCGGCGAAAGGCUCUUCGCAGAUCAGAGACCCUCAACAGAUUCCAAAAAAGUUGGCACAGGAGCAGUUUAGGACUAUCAAUCAGGGCGUUCCCUCAAGGCAGUUACUUUCUCAUCAUGAUGUCCCGUCCUCCCACUACCUGGUGUCCCUGUAUGAUGAGUCUUACGGGCGUCAGACCUCCUCCUCUCUGCCCACACUGCGCUCCUGGCACCAUGACAAACUGGCCUGGGUCCCAGAGAGGUCAGACCACCCAGUCCAAGGCCCCCCUACUAAGUUUGGCUUGGCUGAGUGUUGGCGCACUCGUGUGGAACAACAGCGGGCAGUUGUGCCUACAUUAAGCUUGUAUAAGGCUUCGUACCCUCUGCACCCCAUCAGCUCCUUCUGUCAUUCCCGCCACGUCAGCAUGCCCAAGCGCUUCUCCAGCAGUCAGCACCCUGCCAACCACAGCAGGCAGGAGUUGGCACUGAAACCCAGACCCUGCAGGCAGGUCUCCAGUAAUCCAGCCAGCCCGCUGUGACCCUUAGCCUUUGUCUCAGCGCCUUCAACCCUGCAGUGCCACCCUAGUCUCAGUCUGGAGAGAGGGCUUCAAUUUCUUGCUUUAUUGAUCAAUAUGGCACUUAAAAAUGGGAGCAUUUUGAUGUGUUUGAGGAUAGACAA